AUUCAUCUGCCGCGGAAACGUUCCCCUCGUCGUUGUUUUCGUGCGUUUCUCCGCGGCCGACAUGCGCGUCUCUGCUGGCUCGUAGGAAGAGAGCGCGGCCGCGUGACGCGUGAGGAGCGGCGGUAACGUUCCCGAGAGGACAGGUGUGGCUCACUCAUGAAGAUUUGUCAGCGCCUGGAAGGACCGGAUCUGAAGCAGAUAGUUCUGCCUGCAAAGACACAUUCCAGAACGUAGGGUGGAUGGCAAUGUUGUUUCCCUGGUCUGUUGCCCUCUCAUGACCCCAAUGACCUCAAAGGACGUACUAGAGUCAGCUUUGACCCCAAACCCUUUCUACGACACUUGAGAAAAGACAUAAACAGACCACGUGCAUAAGCUGCAUUAGGUUGGUCUUCCAAAUGCCUACCUCACGCCUAAAGAGCAAAUCACUGCAGCCACAGCCCUGAUCCGCAGCCACCAUGACAUCAAGCAUAGGGGAUGAUUGUAGCAUCUUUGACGGGUUGAUGGAAGAAGAUGAAAAGGACAAAGCAAAACGGGUGUCCAGAAACAAGUCUGAGAAGAAACGGAGAGACCAGUUCAAUGUCCUCAUCAAGGAACUCGGCACGAUGUUGCCGGGCAAUACCAGGAAGAUGGACAAGUCCACCAUCCUGCAGAAGAGCAUUGACUUCCUGUGUAAACACAAAGAGAUCGCAGCGCAGUCGGAGUCCAGUGAGAUCAGGCAGGACUGGAAGCCUCCGUUUCUCAGCAAUGAGGAGUUCACCCAGCUCAUGCUGGAGGCUCUGGACGGGUUCUUUUUAGCAAUAAUGACUGAUGGCAACAUCCUCUACGUCUCCGAGAGUGUCACCUCACUACUUGAACACUUACCGACGGACCUGGUGGACCAGAACCUGUUAAACUUCCUGCCACUUGGGGAACACUCUGAGGUGUACAAGGCUCUGUCCACACACCCCACCGACCACGAGAACCUUAGCUCCGACUACCUGAAGACUAAGAACCACAUGGAGUUCUGCUGCCAUAUGCUACGAGGGACCAUCGACCCCAAAGAACCGCCGGUCUACGAGUACAUAAAGUUCAUCGGCAACUUCAAAUCCCUCAACAACGUUCCCAACGCCGGCAGGAACGGUCUGGCCGGGGUGUUGCAGCGGUCGCUACAGCCUGCGUUCGACGACCAAGUGUGCUUCGUAGCCACAGUUCGGCUGGCGAAACCUCAGUUUAUCAAGGAAAUGUGUACAGUGGAGGAGCCCAAUGAAGAAUUCACCUCUAGACACAGUCUAGAAUGGAAGUUCCUCUUCUUAGACCAUAGAGCUCCACCAAUCAUAGGAUACCUGCCUUUCGAGGUCCUGGGAACAUCUGGGUACGACUAUUACCAUGUGGACGACCUGGAGACACUAGCCAAGUGCCACGAACACCUGAUGCAGUACGGCAAAGGGAAGUCUUGUUACUAUCGUUUCCUGACUAAAGGGCAACAGUGGAUCUGGCUUCAGACGCACUACUACAUCACCUAUCACCAGUGGAACUCUCGACCCGAGUUUAUUGUCUGUACGCACACAGUAGUCAGCUAUGCAGAGGUGAGGGCAGAGCAGCGCAGAGAGCUGGGCAUUGAGGAGUCUAACCCAGAAGUAAAUGCAAAUAAGGGUCACGACUCCGGCUCGGAGUCCCAGCUGAAUACGUCCAGCCUCAAGGAGGCCUUGGAGCGCUUCGACCGCAGCCGGACGCACUCGACCUCCUCGCAGAGCUCUUGCAAGUCCUCAUCGCACGUCUCCGACAACACGUGCACUUCCUCCAAGCUCCACAUGGACACGGCCACGCCUCCUCGGCAGUCCCUGGCCUCCACCAUGGAGAUGACAUCACAGCGCCGCUCAUCCAUCAGCAGCCAGUCUAUGAGCUCUCAGACCACAGGACAGAGUGUGGCUCCAGGUAUGAUCACUCAUCAGCAACAUCAGCAACAACAACAGCAGCAACAACCACAACAACAACAACAACAGCAGCAACCACCACCACCACCACCACCACCACAACAGCAACAACAACAGCAACAGCAACAGCCACCACAGCAGCUACAGGCAAACAUACAGCCGGUGAUGGAGUUCUCAGCGCAGGUGAACGCCAUGCAGCACCUGAAGGACCAGCUGGAACAUCGGACGAGACUGAUCCAAGCCAACAUCCAGCGGCAGCAGGACGAGCUGAGACAUAUACAGGACCAGCUGCAGAGAGUCCAGGGGCAGGGCAUCCAGAUGUUGCUGCAGCAGCAAGGAGGAGCAAUGAACGUGCAGCUAUCCCAGGUGGGCUCGGUCCAACCAACGACUGCUUUGACCGGUCCGCUUCAGCAAACGGCAAUUAACCCCGUCCAUUCAGGAACUCAGCAGCUCACCAUCCAGCAGCAGGCUCCGGCCCCUCAGCAGCAGACCAACGCCCUCGCACAGGAAUUUGUAUCAUGCCCCUUCCUCGUCCCCCACAUUAUCACUCUCCUGCCCCAGCGUCAGCCCCAGCCAGCCCCUCAGCCACAGCCCCCGCCCCAGGGCUCCGUAUCCGCUCCGCUGUACAACACCAUGAUGAUUUCCCAGCCAGUGCAGCCCAACCUGCUGCAGAUCAGCACCAGCCUGCCGCAGACCAACACGCAGCAAGGCACCGCAGUGGCCACCUUCACGCAGGAUCGACAGAUCCGGUUCCCAGCAGGGCAGCAGCUGGUGACCAAGCUGGUGACGGCUCCAAUGGCCUGUGGAGCCGUCAUGGUGCCCACCUCCAUGUUCAUGGGACAGGUGGUCACUGCAUACAACCCCUUUGGUGGGCAACAGCAGGGAGGUCAAACCCAGACUCUGACUUUACAACCAGCCCAACCGCCCCAAGGUCAACCGGACGGCCAAAACCAAACCACUGUAGUGGCUCCGGGUGGCCAGCAGGGGCAGCAGCAGCAACAGCAGUUCCUCCAGGGCACUCAUCUUCUCCAUAGCAACCAGUCUACCCAACUUAUUCUGCAGGCAGCUUUCCCACUCCAACAACAGGGCACAUUCACGCAGACAACGCAGCAGCAGCAGCAGCAACAACAACAACAGCAGCAAAGGCAACAACAACAACAACAACAACAACAACAGCAGCAGCAGCAACAGCACCACCACCACCAGUCUCACCACCAGAGGCACCAGCAGCAGCUGAAACCUCAGCCCCAGAAACCGCAGAAAGCCCCGUCGUCGCACAGGACUGACAGCGUCAGCAGCCAACCACAGUAAGGCCCGGUUUGGUUAGAGACACCGGGAAAACAGCUGUUUUUGUUCACCAGAACGUCACAAACAUUCUUGCCCUCCACCCAUAUGGACACACACACACACACAAAACCGUUGCCCUCCCUUCCUCCAUCUGAAAGAAAGGAAUCAUAGGAAUGAGGGAAGCCUGUGAGUCCUCAAGGAACUCUAUUGUCACCGUGGCAACAGGAUGGAUUGAAGUUCCCCUUUUCUUUUAUCCGAGGUUGAGCUGCAAGGGAGCUCCGGUCUCUGUGGAAUAACAAGUAACAACGGACCUUUUUUUCUUUUUUUUCGAAGGUGUAGUCGAAGUUUGACCAUGUACAGAUUUACUGUAUGAUACAAAAAAGAAAACGUGUAAAUAUCCAAUAUAGCCCAUAACAGGAAACAGAAAUGUAGUAUUUUAUAUGAUUGCAUGGAAAGAAUAACUGUAAGCUUUUAUUAGUCGCUUUUGAGAAACACAUUUUUACUUUGUUCAAGUGUUUUCUGGUCAAAGAUGGAGCGAUAUUUUGCUCUCUCAGUCCCCCUCUACCCCCACCUUCCCCCAAAACAAUAACAGUCCAGAUGAGGCUUUAACGUUCUGUCGGUUUUGGUUGGGCUGCGGUUUUCUUGGGUGUCAGAGACAAAUGGCUCUUUUUAACUUUGUGAAAAACUAUGUUUGGCAAGAAAGCAGAUCACAGUUUAACUGAAUUCUUUGCAGAAUGAUCACUGCACGUAUAACGGGUUUAGUGAUUCCAAGUGCCAAUAACAUAGUUGAUUAUCUCUUUUCUUUAACUUCAAGCAGACUAUUACAAAGGCGUAUAUAUAUAUAUAUAUAUAUAUAUUUUCCAACAAGAUAUUACCCCUAUUAAAGUUAACGCGUGUGUAUAUAGUAGGGAUUAUUUUUUAACAGUCAGAGCCCUAUAAGUAACAAACAGUAUAUCCUCAACCUCCUGAAACUUUAGCACUUGAUGUGGUUGUGUACAGUAAAUCACUGUCGAGACCUAGUUGUUUGUAAUCAGUGGUGUGAUUCUGUGAGCUAGCGUGUUUUUGGGAAUACAAUCUUUGUGUGCAUGAGUGUGUCUGUGGUUGGUGUGCGUGUGUGUGCGUGUGUGUGUGUGUGUGUGCGCUUUCCCCUUGUGUCUUACAAUAAUUGACUUAGUAAGGGUUUGAAGUUGCUGGAUGGUACUUGUAUUCUCAGGAAUGUGGAACGGUUUUUAUUUUUUGCUUCUGCCUCAGUCUGGAACCGGACCGAGAAGGAUUAGACAGUGAUGAACAAAGACCGGAGGACAAAAACACUUUACAGCCUUCCUGUCCUUUUGUAAAGCAAGAAAUGU